AUGUCGCUCAGAUUCGCUGCCCCAGACGGCGUCAAGGUCUACACGGUAGCCGGUGGGAAAAACCUACCCACAUGGGUGUCGGACAAGAAGAAGCGAUCCCUCCGCAAAGAUGAAGACUACAACCGGAGGGUGGAGCUGGUGCAAGACUUUGAGUUCCCGGCCGCCUGCCAGCGCAUCAAGGUCUCCGCGGACCAGCAGUACAUCUUUGCCAGCGGCUACCACCCGCCAAGGGUACGAGUGUACGAUGUCAACCAGCUGUCCCUAAAGUUUGAGCGCCACCUGAAUGCGGAGAUCGUGGACUUCCAGAUCCUGUCCGAGGACUACAGCAAGGCGGUGUUUCUGUGCGACGACCGCCGCCUGGACUUCCACGCCAAGUUCGGCAGCUAUCACAAGACGCGCGUGCCGCGCGCCGGCCGCUGCCUCACCUAUUCCCACCCCACCGCGGAGCUCUUCGUGGCGGGGUCGGCGCCCGAGAUCUGGCGCCUCAGCCUGGAGGAGGGGCGCUUCAUGGCGCCCAUGCCCGCCGCCAGCCCCGGGGUCAAUGCGCUGGGCCUGUCCCCCGCGCAUGGCCUGCUGGCCGCCGCGGGGGAGGAGGGCCUGCUGGAGUGCUACGACCCACGGGGCCUGACAGCGCUGCGCUUCGACGACUCGGGCAUGCACGUCGCCGUGGGCACCAGCGGCGGCCUGGUCGCCGUGUUUGACCUCAGGUCACAGCGGCCCAUGGUAGUCAAGGACCACCAGUAUGAGUCGCCCAUCCUGGACAUCAAGUGGCCGACCACCGCCGCCGGGCGGUCGCGCGCGCUCGUGGCCUCCGCCGACCGGCACAUCAUCAAGUUCUGGGACGCGGCCAGCGGCGAGGGGUUCACCAACAUCGAGCCCAAGGACGGGGACAUCAACGACAUCUGCCUCUGGCCCGGCUCGGGGCUGGCUUACUUCAUCCCGGCGCUCGGGCCUGCACCCAAGUGGAGCUCCUUCCUGGAGUCCAUGACGGAGGAGCUGGAGGAAAGGACGGCGCCGGCGGUGUACGACGACUACCGCUUCAUCACUCGUGCCGAGCUGGACUCGCUGGGGCUGGCCAACCUCGUGGGCACCAACAUGCUCAAGCCCUACAUGCACGGAUUCUUCCUUGACAACAGGUUGUACAACAAGGCCAAGAAUGCGGUGGAUCCCUUCGCCUACGAAGCCUAUCGGGCGAAGCGGGUCGCCCAGAAGCUGGAGGAGGAGCGAAAAAGCCGGAUCUCCAUCAUUAAGAAGCUGCCCAAGGUCAACGCCACCACCGCUGCUCGUCUGCUGGGCGAGGAGGGCGAGGAUGGGCCCAAGAAGCGCAAGGCCGCCCUGCCCAACCUCCUGGAGGACACCCGCUUCAAGGCCAUGUUUGAGGACACCGAGUUCACCAUCGACGAGGCCUCGCGAGACUACAAGCUGCUGCACCCCAACGCCGAUCCGGCCAAGGAGAGGCGGCUGGUCAGGGAGCACUUUGAGGCGGUGGAGGGUGACGGCGAUGCCCAGUCGGCAUCGGACACAGAGGGCCAGGACGACGACCAGACUCGCGCCCGGAAGCCGGCCGCCCGGCACAGGGUGAGUGGUGUAUUCUGA